AUAUAGAGGGGGAGAUUGCAAAACAAUAUAAUAUUAACUAAUUUAAAGAUGUUGCAUACCAUUCCAUUGGCUGCCUACAAUAAUAAGCUUGAUCUUGCCACGUGUCUCCAUCUGGACCGUUCAUCUUCAUUAUCGUCAUCAUCAUCAAUCUCGGCCAAUAUGAUUUGCAGUGAUGGUCCAGCCACAAUGCUAGGGAGAAAGCAUUAUUAUUAUAAUUCAAACAUGUUGCAGACGAUUUAUCCAUUGCCAUUAGUAAAUGUGGCGACGUGUCUCCAUCGACACCGUUUAUCUUCAUCAUCAGUGACUAAUUUCACAUGUGAUGGUGGUAGUACUACUCUUAAUGUGAAAUUGAAUAGUAGUAAAGAUGAUGAUGAUGAUAAUUAUAAUAACCAAAAAAUUGUGAAGAGAGAUGGGCAUAAUAAUAGAAGAAGAAUGAAGAUGAAUGAUGAAUAUUUUGAUAUUGAGCUCGAAGUUCGUGAUUAUGAGCUCGAUCAGUUUGGUGUUGUGAACAAUGCCAUUUAUGCAAGUUAUUGCCAACAUGGUACUCAUGAGUUUAUGGCAAGUGUAAUUGGUAUAAGCUGUGAUUCAGUUGCUCGCAAUGGAGAAACAUUAGCCACCUCAGAUUUGUCAAUCAAAUUCAUUUCACCUUUAAGAAGUGGAGAUAAAUUUGUGGUGAAGGUAAGGGUCUCUAGAAUUUCAGCUGCUCGUGUAUACUUUGAGCACAAAAUUGUCAAGCUUCCCAAUUAUGAGCCUAUUUUGGAAACAAAAGCCACAGGAAUUUGGUUGGAUAAGAAGAAUAGCCCUAUUCGUAUACCACAACAGAUAAAGAAUGCGUUUAUUAUUUGAUUAAUAUUAUUUACUUUUUUUUACACUAAAUAAAGGAAAAGGACUACAUGUUUAUGUAUUAUAAAAAAAUUAACAAUUAAUUAAGAAAGAGAUCAUAUAUGAUCUUAUUUUUGUUUGGUAGGUAAUUGUCUCUCAAGAGAAUGAAUUAAUAAUGGAAACUCUAUACAAUUUACUUAGGUAA